UCUUACUGCUGGAUCCCGUGCUCCCGCAUGGCUUUGGCCUGGCGGUGACAGAUGAGUGCCGAUGACACCCAGGCCGAACGGGCUGAAGUGCUGAAGCUGCUGGGCCCAAGAUGGGCGGCAAUGUGUACCACUCACGAGAGUACCACCUUCCUAUGGUCCCACAAUGGGAAGACCAAGAGUGGAUGGGUUCAGCUGCUUCCCAACAAGAAGCUCUCAACGACCUGGUGCAUUGGGUCGUGGGAGGUACUGGCUGGCAACGCGGAUGUGGUGGACAUGUCCUUUGGCACCACCCGGCACUUGUGCCAUUACAAGGAUGGUGGCUUUGUGGUGGAGCAAAAGUACAACAUGAAGACUGGCAAAGAGAGCUACAAACCCGGGAAACCCAAAGCGUGUGGUUUCAUCACCGUGAAAGAUCAGCGAGGCCAUCGUGGUGUGCCGGGUGAGCGCGGCUACAAAGCCCUGGGCGCCAAACGGAAGGACAUCAGCGAUGAAGAGGCUGAAGCUCGAGCCUGUAGUUUCCUACAGAAGGAUCUCAAGUUUGACGCCUUCUUCACCGCAUGGUUGGACUGGAAGGGCAAGAGAGCAAGGUGCAUGGCCGCCGUCCCCUGGGCCGAGACACCCAGCGGCGCCGUGCCCCUGGCGGACAGCGAGGCGCCGGAAAAUGCGGAGGCCCUGCCAGAGGAGUCGGCCGCAGAAGCAGCGCUGAGGGCGGCUGAGGCAGCCCUGGAAGCAGCUGAACUGGCUGCGGAGGCAGUCUCAGAGGCUGCAGCUGAGGUGCAGUAGCCUUCAGGGCAGUGCAGGCACGUCUAAUUCGCCACAUCCAGCUCCGGAGGGGCGGAUGCUGUCGGACAGCGGCUGCUGCCGCAAAAAAGUGUCACAACCGUCACAGCCGCAGCGUUGGUGAUGGAUUUAGCC